AUCUGGGAACUGUCCACUUCAGUGCUGUUUUCUUCUCCAGGGCUACAGGAGCUCUGGAACUACCUCCCAAGAGGGAAGUAGACCAAGCUGCCUCCAGAGAGAGUUCCAGAAGAGGCUUGGCAGCUCUGAUCAUGCAUUGGCUGUGGAAAAUUCCAAGAUAUUGUGCCCACUGGGGUACUGGAAUGUUCAGCCGUACAUUCCAUAUUAAUAUCAAGAAACAAAUGUCCAUACAGUGGGGCCACCAAGAAGUACCUGCCAAGUCCAACUUCGCUAGUGAUGUGAUAGAUCACUGGGCCAACAUGGAGAAGGCUGGCAAGCGACCUCCACGUCCAGCCCUGUGGUGGGUGAGUGGUAGUGGGCAAGAAGUAAAGUGGAACUUCAGAGAACUGAGUGACAUCAGCCAACAGGCAGCCAAUGUCCUCUCGGGGGCCUGUGGCCUGCAACGUGGGGACCGUGUGGCAGUGGUACUUCCCCAAGUCCCGGAGUGGUGGCUGGUGACCCUGGGCUGCUUUCGGACUGGCAUCGUUUUCAUGCCUGGAACCAUCCAGAUGAAGUCCUCAGACAUACUCUACAGGCUGCAGACAUCCAAGGCCAGGGCCAUUGUGGCCGGGGAUGAAGUGGCCCAAGAAGUGGAUGCUGUGGCCCCCGAGUGCCCUUUUCUGAAGGUCAAGUUGCUGGUGUCUGAAAAAAGGAGAGAAGGAUGGCUCAACUUCAAGGCGUUGCUCAAGGAUGCAUCCACCACUCAUCACUGUGUGGAAACUGGAAGCCAUGAAUCGGCUGCCAUCUACUUCACUAGUGGGACCAGUGGCCCUCCCAAGAUGGUAGAACACUCCCAUUCCAGCCUGGGCAUCAAGGGCAAGAUGGACGCUGGCACCUGGACAGGCCUGGAUGUCUCUGACACAAUAUGGACCAUCUCAGACACAGGUUGGAUAGUGAACAUUUUAGCCUCGUUUCUGGAACCUUGGUCACUGGGAGCAUGCACAUUUGUCCAUCUUUUGCCAAAGUUUGAUCCACAGACUGUUCUAAAGGUGCUGUCCAACUAUCCCAUCAACAGCAUGGUGGGUGCCCCCCUCAUUUACCGGAUGUUGCUACAACAAGAUCUUUCCAGUUACAAGUUCCCACACCUGCACAGCUGCUUCACUGGAGGGGAAAGCCUUCUCCCAGAGACUCUGGAGGACUGGAAAGCCAAGACAGGACUGGACAUCCGAGAGUUCUAUGGCCAGACAGAAACGGGUCUCACGUGCAGAGUUUCCAGAACGAUGACCGUCAAACCAGGCUCCCUGGGAACAGCUGUCCCCCAUUAUGAUGUGCAGAUCAUAGAUGAACAUGGAAAUGUCCUGCCCCCUGGCAAGGAAGGAGACAUAGCCAUCAGGGUGAAGCCCAUCCGGCCUGUAGGCAUCUUCUCUGGAUACUUGGAAAAUCCCAAGAAGACAGAGGCCAAUAUUCGAGGAGACUUUUGGCUUCUGGGAGACCGGGGAAUCAAGGAUUCAGAAGGGUAUUUCCAUUUCUUGGGGCGGACAGACGAUAUCAUUAAUUCCAGCGGGUGGAGUUUGUCUUGGAGCUGCCCAAGACCAUCAUGGGGAAAAUUGAUCGGAAAAAGCUUCGAGCCAAGGAAUGGAAAACAUCAGGACAAGCCCAGGCCCAGUGAAAUUCCCAAGGCCCUCCCUGGGCUUCUGUCUUCCCCAUUCCUUUCCUGUGACUUCUCACUUUUCCUAUGGAGACAUAAGAUUACUCACAAAGAGGCAUGUAUGUGAAUUCUGUCUUUGCUUCAUUAUUAAAACAGAACAAUAACAUGUUGGAUACUAAAAGAAGAAAGAGGGAAUGAGAGAUUUGCAGAAAGAAGUGAGAAAAAGUCUAAUAAAAUAGCAAGGAAGCGAAUUACAAGUAAAAGAGGGCUGGAAGGAAGGAAGUAGAAUGAAGAGGGAAGAAAAGAGAAGAGAAGGAACUGGAGAGAAAUUAGGAAAAGAGAAGAAUGUGGGCAGGACACUAAAGUCUUCCCCAAGUUGGUUCAAUUCUUGGGGACACCGUGUCCAAAGGGGCAGCAAAUACCACAGAGCAUUUGUCAUGCACAAGGCACUGUCCUAGGCAUGUCCCAGGCCAUCUUCACUCAUAUGUGUUGCAUCUGCAGGCUCAACUUCUGUACAUCAAAACAUGCCACUCCCUGUGGCUCACAUUCCUUCUUGCUUCUACAUUUCCUAGAAUCACUAUUAAAAUUAUUUCAAAAUCAAAACUGUGAUUUGGGCAAGACAGAAAAGAGGGGUUUUGCAACAGUUUAUGGACUAGAGAACCCACAGAGGAUAAGCACCCACACUCAUACACACAGACACAGACAUACACAAAUAAAUAAAGUAAAAGUAAUAAAAACUAAAAAGAAUAAAGGAUGGCAUUAGACAAUGCCUAAGUUUAGCUGCCUUGUUAGACACAAAUUGCCCCACUCUUGAAAAGCUUGCACAUGUAUUUAGACGUUCUUCAAUGCCUCUGCUCUCCCUCUUCUCUCUAAAGCCUUUUCUUGAUACAUCUGCUCUCUGCUAAUUUUUCAUAUUAAAUUGUGAUUGAUAUGGCAAAGAUCUUAAA